AUGUCAAAAGCAACAAGUCUGAACGGCAGUGAUAGCGAGUUCGAGUUCAUCGAGACGCCCAAGGCCACUCCUCCCUCAUUCGAGAAGGAAGAGAAUUGCGGUGUUCGCACUACCAAGUACCCUUCCAUCAAGAAUGCGCCUCUUCCUGCCGAUGGCCCAGGCUCCGACUCGUUCAGCAACACUGGUCUCAUUACCCUCCUACUCGGAGUACCAUACUAUUUGAAAUGGAAGGUUGGCGGCGGGCUCAAGACUUUCAUAUUUUUCGCUCUACUCGUCGACCUUCCUCUUCUGGCCGCGUGGUGGCUCGUGAUUUCUACGAUUAGUCCUCGCCGCAAUGAGAAGGCUAAGCUUCCCGGCCGUCCGGUCGAAUUCUAUCUCGACUUUAAAAAAGAGGCUGAUCGCGCCAAGUACCGUGAUGUUGAUUUCAAGGGCGACUGCCUCGAGAUCAUGGAAUACCGUCAUGACUGGGCCAGCUUCCGAUUUACCAUUGGUCUGAUCAAGUUUUUCCUGCUUGGCAUGAUCCCCGAGCUGAUCAUGCACACUCGUUCUCAAGAUGAGGAGCAGGUCCGUGACCACUACGACCGUGGCGAUGAUUUCUACGGCUGGUUCCUCGGCCCUCGCAUGAUUUACACUUCUGGUAUCAUUUCAGACAUUGAGAAAGAAGAGACCCUAGAAGAGCUUCAAGACAAUAAGCUCGCCAUUGUGUGCGAGAAAAUUGGCCUCCAGCCUGGUGAGAGGAUGUUGGAUAUUGGUUGUGGUUGGGGUACCCUCGCACGAUUUGCCAGCGAAAACUAUGGUGCCCAAGUUACUGGUGUAACUCUUGGCCGCAACCAGACUGCCUGGGGCAACAGUGCUAUGCGCAAGGUUGGCAUUACAGAGGCUCAGAGCAAGAUUCUGUGCAUGGAUUAUCGGGAUAUCCCUGUACCUGAAGGAGGCUACAACAAGAUUACGUGCCUUGAGAUGGCUGAACAUGUUGGUGUCCGCCACUUCUCCAGCUUUUUGACCCAGGUUUACGACAUGCUCGACGACGACGGUGUAUUCUUCCUUCAGAUUGCCGGUCUCCGGAAGCCCUGGCAGUAUGAGGAUCUCAUUUGGGGUCUGUUCAUGAACAAAUACGUCUUUCCUGGUGCCGAUGCGUCGACUCCCCUGGGCUGGGUUGUCGAUAAGCUGGAGGGCUCUGGCUUCGAGAUCAAGGGUAUCGAUACUAUCGGUGUUCACUACUCUGCUACCCUCUGGAGAUGGUACCGCAACUGGAUGGCUAAUCGUGAGAAGGUGGAGGCCAAGUACGGCAAGCGAUGGUUCCGUAUUUGGGAGUACUUUCUUGCCUACUCUACCAUCGCCUCGCGACAGGGUACUGCCACCUGCUUCCAGAUUACUCUGGUCAAGAAUAUCAACUCUACUCACCGAGUUGAGGGAAUCAACUCGCAAUUCGCCUUGUCUGGCGGCCUCAAAAACUUCAAGGGCGACCUCAAGGCCUGGGCUGCCAAGAAUAACGUCGCCUCAUCCACCGACUUCCAUUCCUAA